AUUUGCAGUGAUUUAGAAGAUGAACUUUAAGAAGGUCAAUGUUCCCAAGAUGCCUGGUGGAGGAGCAGCCUCUGCCUUAAUCAAACUUGGAGUUGUUGCAGGGCUUGGCGUGUAUGGAGUUGCUAACUGUCUCUACAAUGUCGAGGGAGGACAUCGUGCUAUUGUUUUCAAUCGUUUAGUAGGGAUCAAAGAUAAGGUUUUGUAUUGUCAAAUGUCCAUAAUAUACUGUGUGUAUUUUCUUCCAAGGCUGUUACGUUUCUGAAUCAAAAGUCCAUCCUUUUAUUCACAAAAGAAAAGGGGCCAUAAAAUUUGACUCUUUCUAGUUACAUCUUUCAGUCACUAAUGAGCAUGAUUUGUGUAAAAAAAAUAAUUGAGCGUGAUUUAUUUAUUUAUUUAUUUUUAAAUAAAGGGUGACCCUUGAAGUAUUAGAGAAACUGGUUAAUAAACUUACUGUACUUUUAGCAUUUUGCAGCUAUUGGUGGAAAAGUAUUGAGAAUUGACAUCGAAUUCCGAUAAAAAAUAUUCUUGGUCGAUGGUUUGUUCAUGUAUAAGCAAACAUCUCUAUAUUUAUGAAGAAUCUCUUAAUUUGUCACAUAUCCGCUGAACAUACAGGUGUAUCCUGAAGGGACACACAUAAUGCUCCCAUGGUUUGAAAGGCCUAUCAUUUAUGAUGUCCGGGCUAGACCACAUCUAGUGGAGAGCACAUCAGGCAGUCGUGACCUUCAGAUGGUGAAAAUUGGUCUUCGUGUUCUCACACGCCCUGUACCUGACCAGCUGCCUACCAUUUAUCGAACUCUUGGUGAAAACUACAAUGAAAGAGUCUUACCUUCAAUUAUCCACGAGACUCUGAAAGCUGUUGUUGCUCAAUACAAUGCAAGCUAGCUCAUCACCCAGAGAGAGAAUGUCAGUAGGGAAAUCAGGAAAAUAUUAACCGAGAGAGCUGCCUUCUUCAACAUUGCACUGGAUGAUGUGUCGAUUACCAGCCUAACCUUUGGAAAGGAAUUCACUGCUGCCAUAGAAGCUAAGCAGGUAGCUGCACAAGAAGCUGAGAGGGUCAAGUUCGUGGUUGAUAAGGCUGAGCAAGACAAGCGAAGUGCUAUAAUCAGAGCUCAGGGAGAAGCCAAGAGUGCCCAGCUGAUAGGUCAAGCUAUUGCCAACAACCCAGCAUUUAUUACGCUUAGGAGGAUUGAAGCAUCCAGGAAAAUUGCCAACACACUUUCUGCUUCAAGCAACAAGGUUUUAUUGAACUCGGAUGAGCUUCUUUUGAGCCUUCAGGGUCUCGCGUUGCAAGGUGGAAAGAUUUGAAUGCACAAGAUUACCUGACUUUUUUGUUAUUUAAAUUUUUAUCCAUCGAGAGUCUGAGUGGGAGUAGUCUCAAAUCAAGGAUGCUGGUGACAUAAAACUUGUGAAGCAAUUGUUUCUUGGAUUCAAUAUGCUCUGAAUAAAACAAAAUUGUGGAUUUCGAAACCUAUCCUUGUGAGUUCUGGGCACUUGCUGAUGUCUUUUAAUGUAUAGGAUUUGUGGGUGUUUGGUGCUUGAAUCUCAGGAAUAUCAUGAAAUUGAGCAUGUGAUAGAAAACCACCUAAAUAUACAGAAAUCAACAUUUAAAUGUGAAGGGGUAAACAAAAUAAGCAAAAAUCUACAUGACAAGCUAGAAGCAGAAGAUCAAAUUAUGUCUAAUGACAGAAUGAAAAUUAUCCAGAAGUUUGGAUUUGGAAAUGGCAUUGAUGACCGGGGAAUCAAUAUCCACACGGGAAAGAUGAAGAGUUUGUUUUCGUUCCUUUUGUUCUCGUUCUGCUCGAUUUAUGCUGAUCAUACAAUAUUAAAAAUGUGCUACAUUUACAUUUUGGAGAACAAUGGAAUGAAUAAGCAAAGUGGAUCUAUCAAGAACUUAUAA